AUUCUAAGUAACCCCAACGCAGCAUGUGAUGAAAUGCAGGGGGCCGGCGUGACAGGCAGAGCGCGCGGGCCAGCGACGCCGGCCAGGACAGCUGCAGGUGCCUCUGCAAGGUUGGCGAGAUGCAGUGUAGCUGUGUAGCCGAGGGCGUGCCAGCAGUUCCCAGCUCCUACUGGAUCUCAGGGCUGGCGUUCCCUGACUGGGCCUACAAGGCAGAGUCCAGCCCUGGCUCCCGCCAGAUCCAGCUGUGGCAUUUCAUCCUGGAGCUGCUGCAGAAGGAGGAGUUCCGGCACGUCAUCGCCUGGCAGCAGGGCGAGUACGGCGAGUUCGUGAUCAAGGACCCCGACGAGGUGGCACGGCUGUGGGGCCGGAGGAAAUGCAAGCCCCAGAUGAACUAUGAUAAGCUGAGCCGGGCACUCAGGUAUUAUUACAACAAGCGGAUCCUGCACAAGACCAAAGGCAAGCGCUUCACCUACAAGUUCAACUUCAGCAAGCUCAUCUUUGUCAACUACCCGCUGUGGGACCUGCGCUGCCCCGCACCCCCGCUGCUGCUGGGAGCUGCCAGUAUGUGCCGCCCCGCCAUGGUCUCCACUGGGCUGCAGAGCGAGUUCCUACAGAACAUGCUCUUCACUCGCCGGGCACUGCCUGACCAGCUGGCCUGCCACCGCGGCCUGCAGGAGCCAUCAGGCGCAGACGGCACGGGGGACAAGAAAGCUGUGGCCGGGGGAGCUCGCUUUGGCUCCAUCCCUUCACCCUGCUUCUUUGGCUCCUACUGCAGCCCAGGGGUGCAGGAUGAGUUCCCCCACCUGGCUGCCUUCCCGCCCCCCAGGCUCACCCCUAAUGGCAGCCGCCAGCUCUGCUCGCCCAGCCACUGCCCUGUGCCCAGCCCGCCUGAGUGGCCACGCUUCUCUGGCCACGUCUUCCCCCACGGCCAGGCGGUGCUGCCCCUGCCAGAGCACGCCCAGCCCCAUGGUCCCUUGGGGCUCCCCAAAUCAGAUGCCCUCUUGAUGGGGGUCAGCUUCCUGCCCCCUCGGCUGCAGGGGCGAGCCUUCCCUGGGCACCCACUGGGCACCGUGCAGGGGGCUGCAGAGAGGCUGCAGUUCCUGCUGGACGUGUCCCCACCUGAAGAGGAGGAGAGGGAGGAUGAGGAAGGCCAGCGCCGGGCUCCUUCUGCAGAGCACAGCCAGGAGGUGAAGCCCGAGGUGGAGCUGGAGCUGGAGGGCAUGGCUCUGGGCAAAGACACAAUCUUCCUGGGCCCUGGAGGGGAGGGCGAUAGUCCGUGUUACCCCUCCGAGCUGAGAGCCUUUGCCGGAGCUGCCCCCCGCCUCCCCUGCCUGUCUGGCUUUAAGGCCGCCUGGCCCUUGGACCCCACCUAAAAGCAACACCCCGGUGCCGUGUCCCCCUGCCAUUUUGCCCCUUCCUCCUGCCUGGCGAUGCCCGAGCCUAGCCCCAUGCCGCAUCUGCCUGUGAAGCGUGCACAGCUUGUCUUGUCUCAUUCCGCCCCGUCUGUGUAAAGGAUGAA